GGGAGAGGAUGCGGAUGGAAGGACGGGGGAGGGAAGGGAUGAAGGGAAACGCCACGAGGAGAGAAAAUAGGAUAUGAAUAGGGGGCUUCUGCCGAAAAGACCGUGAGGUGCAAGGUCGAAUAUGAGAGAUUGGUUGAACGGGGCACUUUGCGUGGUAAUAGCUGGUCGGCAAUAGUACUAUGAUUUGGUAUGUGGCCACUCUGAUAGCAAGUGUAUUCAGCACCAGAGGAACGGCCGCUCAAGGUGCCCACGGAGUGAGAGAGGAGCCCCGGUUUGUGACGGCGCGCGCCGGAGAGAGCGUGAUCCUGGGGUGUGACGUGUCCCCUCCCCUGGAUGGCCAGCAGCCUCCCUAUGUGGUGGAGUGGUUCAAGUUUGGAGUGCCUAUUCCCUUCUUCAUCAACUUCCGCUUCUACCCGCCUCAUGUGGAUCCAGAGUACACUGGUAGAGCCUCUCUGCAUGGGAAGGCCUCCUUACAAAUUGACCCAGUUCGCUCCGAGGACCAGGGCUGGUACGAAUGCAGGGUCCUGAUGCUGGAGCAACAGUACGACACCUUCCACAACGGCAGCUGGGUGCACCUCACGGUCAAUGCCCCGCCUUCAUUCACAGCGACGCCACCGCAGUAUGUGGAGGCGAAAGAAGGAGGGAGCACUCUGCUCAGCUGCUCUGCCCAGGGAAAUCCAAAACCAAUGAUCAGCUGGGUGAGGGAGGGGGAAGAGCUCGCCACCAACACUAAGUAUUCGGUACAUGAUGGCAGUCUGAGCAUCCUUGGCAUCACUCGAGAUGACAGAGGGGCGUACACAUGUCGAGCCUACAGUGACCAGGGAGAGGUUCUCCACACCACCCGUCUGCUGGUUCAAGGGCCUCCAUACAUCGUCUCCCCACCAGAAAACGUCACUGUAAACAUAUCCCAGAAUGCACUCUUCACCUGCCAAGCGGAGGCGUAUCCCGGCAACCUGACGUACACCUGGUUCUGGGAGGAGGACAACGUCUACUUCAAGAAUGAUUUGAAGCUUCGAGUGCGCAUUCUCAUCGACGGCACCCUCAUCAUCUUCCGGGUCAAGCCGGAGGAUGCUGGGAAAUACACCUGCAGUCCGAGCAACAGCCUCGGCAUCUCGCCCUCGGCAUCAGCCUACCUGACUGUUCAGUACCCGGCCAGAGUGAUCAACAUGCCUCCGGUCAUCUACGUCCCACGGAAACUGCCAGGCCUCAUCCGCUGCCCGGUAGAUGCCAACCCACCUGUGACAUCGGUGAAGUGGGAGAAAGAUGGUUAUCCUCUCAGAGUGGAGAAGUACCCCGGUUGGAGCCUGAUGCAAGACGGAAGUAUCCGAGUGGCAGAGGCCACAGAAGACUCCCUGGGCACCUACACCUGUGUGCCUUACAACGCCCUGGGUACCAUGGGCAUGUCCCCCCCUGCCACCUUGGUGCUAAAGGAUCCCCCUUACUUUAAUGUGAGGCCUGGGGGGGAGUACCGUCAGGAGGCUGGGAGAGAGCUAGUUAUCCCCUGUGCUGCUUCUGGAGACCCUGAUAUACCAACCAUCACCUGGAGAAAGGUGGGGAAGCCAAGCAAGAGUAAGCACAACAUCCUACCCAGCGGCAGCUUACAGUUUCUGUCCCUCAGCAAGGAGGACCAUGGAGAAUGGGAGUGUGUAGCCACCAAUGUGGUCACAAGCAUCACUGCCAGCACGCGUAUCCUAGUCAUCGGCACCAGCCCACACGCUCCUGGUAACAUCCAUGUAUUACCCUCAACGACCUUUGCUAAUGUGUCCUGGGAACCAGGUUAUGAUGGCGGCUUCGAACAGACAUUCUCUGUGUGGUACGGUCCAGUGUCUAAGAGAACAGACUUCGGUCCACACGACUGGCAUUCAAUGCCAGUUUCUGGUGCUCAGAUCUGGUUGGUGGUGCCAGGGCUGGAGCCUGGGACGGAGUACCAGUUCAGUGUGUUGGCACAAAACAAACUGGGCACGGGCCCAUUCAGCGAAGUUGUGACAGUCAACACUGCAGGCUCCCCUCUGGGUACCCCAGAACCACUGGUGCUUCUUACUCCACCACGGUGCCUCACAGCCAAUCGCACGCAGCACGGUGUCCUCCUCACAUGGCUCCCUCCAGCAAACCACUCUUCACCUAUCGACCGAUACAUCAUGGAGUUUCGCCUCGGGGAGAGGUGGGAGAUUCUGGAUGACCUGAUCCCGUCCACUGAGACCGAGCUCAUAGCUAGAGACCUCGUUCAGGAGUCCUGGUAUGAGUUUCGGGUGAUGGCUGUCAUGGACGACCUGAUCAGUGAGAGCAGCAAUGUAGUGGGAGUGUCCAGCACAGAUCCCUUCCCCCCCGCAGAGUUGCCUGAUGAGGGGCUGGCACGGCCUGUGGUUGCGGGUGUUGUGGCAACUAUCUGUUUCCUGGCAGCGGCAGUACUGUUCAGCACUUUGGCUGCUUGCUUUGUCAACAAGCAACACCGUCGCAAACUCAAACGUAAACCAGAUCCUCCCUUGUCGGUGACACACUUCAGGAAAAGCAUUGAGUCACCGUUAUCUUCGGGGAAGAUAAGUCCAGAGAGCUCCCCUCCAUCUCGACCCCGCUCUCUUUCUUCGGAUGAUUCACACGGUCCAGGCCUGUACGUCAGGAAGCUGCCCAGCCCUCAUAGAGAAAGAGACAAAGAGCUCUCCUUCUACAAGAAAACCAAGCGUGCCAUAGUCAGCAAGAAAUACAGUGUGUCCAAGCACGAGGCUGAGGUCACCACACCGAUUGAGCUGAUAAGUCGCGGCCCUGACGGUCGCUUCGUCAUGGAGAGAAGCCCGCCACACCGCCGCAUCCAGGGCUUUCCCUUCGCAGAGGAGUCUGACAUGUACCCUGAGUUCCGGCAGUCUGAUGAGGAGAAUGAUUUUGACCCCGGGCCUCUGCCGCCCAUCAUGCCCACGCUGCGACCACAGCUCUCCCCAACGUCCUCCAGCCUGGAGUCAACGCAGCCCCCCAACUACAGCCCCCGCCUACACAGGCCCAUGGAAGGUAUGAGCUUUGCAGAGGGCAGUGCACUUCACGCCUCAGGGCAGGCCCCCGCCUCCCGCUACAGGGGCUUUCCCCAGGGCCCAUUCUAUGGGUAUCUAGGCAGCCGCGGUGAAUCAGGGAUCCCACCACCAUUCUACAUGCCUGACAUCAGCCCGCGUAGCUCCGCUCUGUCCUCCCCCCCAGGCACCGCCGAGGGGCCCUUUGGUUACCCCUCCAUCCCUGAGGAGAGUGGAGAGAUGGAGCACCAUCAGUACACCGCCUCUGGCCAUUCUCUGUCUCACACUCACAGCCCUCCUCCUCGCUCACCUGAAAGCUGGCAGCCUCAUGAGUUACCCUUCCUGGGUCUAGAAGGUCCACGGUUCAUAUACCCACCUCACCAUCCCUUACAUCACCACCAGGACCUCCCUGACCCACCCUCAUACUCUCCUCACUCCCUCCCCCCUAGCCGCUUACACUACUCUUCCCUAACUGAUCCAACCAGCCCCGGACUCCUGCAGCUGGAGGUCCCUAUGGCUCCCCCGGGCAGAGACAGGCCCAUGGGGCCUCCGGUUAGGCGUUUAGCUAUGCAACAGGCCCAAAGUCUCGGCCAGCUCAGACACACGGCCCACGGUGUGGGUGUACCAGUGUUGCCUUACCCUGACCCGGCAGCCCGCGCAGGUAGCCCAAGCACAGCCCCCAGUAGUAGCCCUCAGUCUUGGCUCAGCCCGAGGGCGGGGCGCCGGGCAGACCCCAGCCUCCCCCCUCUAGUACUCCAGCCGUCCCGCCUCUCACCUCUUUCACAAAGCCCCCUUAGCACUCAGCCGGGCUCCCCAGACAUUCUAGUACGGCCCCCUCCGCGCCCCAGCAUCCUCCGCACCUCUCGGUCUUUGGAGAUGCCUGAGAUCACCCUGCAGCCCUCGGCCACUGUCAGUUUCUCCCGGAGGUCCUCCCUGACCGCCUCCCCCACUCAGAGUCAGGGUGCCAGGCAACCCAGCCCCAGUUACCACGCCCACAUGUCGUAUGCCUCCACUGCAGCCAGUUACCCCUCCCAGUCCCCCUCUCCCCCUCUGGAGGGCAGGGAUGUAUUCGGGCAGAGGCCAUCCCAGAGAAGGACAGAGGAGGAGAUGCUGCCCUCAGAGCCCUCUCAGCUCCAGAUAUCAGCCUCAGGGGAACCUCUAGGUGCGUCUAGUGAUCCUGCCGGGUCUGAGAGCUUACCAGCACUGCUACAACACUGUAUUACUAAAGCCAAGGGUGUGGCCACCAACAACAAUAACAACGCAACCUCCGGAAGGAGAACAGGUGUGUGUCCCUCUCAGACCCAGCAGCAAUCUCAGACACCCCAAGAGGGAAAGGAUCUCAGCCUCCACAGAAAGAGGAAAAAGCAAAAGAAGAAGAACCCCUAUCUCUAUUUGACCUCCUUACUGCACCGCAGGAAGUCCGAGGAGGACCAGACAGGCAUUCUGGCCAGUGCAGACUCUGAGGGCCCAAAUUAUGGGACUCUACGCUGACAUGUGGGCCCACCAAGCCAUCGGACUCGACUAAACUGACCUCCCCUGAUUUAAAAAAAAAAAAAAACAACCUCAGCUCUCCUUGCUCCAAGCUAAUACUUUUCUUAUAAUCUCUAAAAAGUUCUUUGUUGUUUCAGGAGCGGGGGGAAAAAAUCCAGCUGAAUGCUCCGGGAGGUUGGAAAUCUUAUUUGAAGACAAGAACAAUGGCUUUUCAUAGUUGUUGCCACUACUUGUCUCUGAGGAAUUUGACUUGAAAAUGGACUUAUAUAAUGUAUAUAACUAGUAAAACAAGGGAAUUAAGCUUCCUCCUACAGUAAUAACAAUGUGUUGGUUGAGUAUGUCACAACACGUUGAAGAUUUUUCACUCACUGGUCAUUGAGGGGUCCAUAUCUUUAGGUUUUUCAGUGAUACAGUGUACUGUGAAGCCUGGUGCAUCCUCACACAGGGACAUGAGUCUACCUUUCCUACAAUACAAAUAGUGUCAGUAUUUAAACACAGGGUUCUUACCACAAAAUAUACCUCAGAGUAAACGCAGAGUUGCUGUAAUUCUUGUGGUAUACUGUACGUACUCAACCUUUUUACAUAUGGCUAAAAAGGUUUAUAUCACACACAAAACACACACACACACACACACACACACACACACACACACACACACACAACGCUCAUUCAGAUAGAUAAUAUGGCCUAACUUUAUCAAAUUUCAAAAGCUUUUUUUCUAUCAGUAUUAGCUGGCAUACUGUGUUUGUUUUGAUUCAUGAUCCAACGCUAACCACUAGAGGACUGUCUUAAUUUUAGGUGCUUGACGGCUCUGUGUUUACACUUAAUUGUCAUGGCAACAUGUUAGUACACAGGCCAUAGCCUUCAUGAGACAAUAUUGGGACUCACACGCUCAUCAGAGGUUGGACUUGUUGGGUUAAGAAGAACAGGGUGAUGAUUUGUGAAGUGUACUGUCGUAUGUAUUUCAUUAUUAAGGAAUCAUUUGUGAAACAUGGCACGUGUCGAGGUGCCUUUUUCUGCCUUUUCUCUCUUGUUUUUUACAUUUCUUUCAAACAUAAACUGCCUUUUUCCGUCGCCUUCUCAUAUUUGUCUCUCCAGGGGGGCGUGAGAGACUCCGAUACGAUGUGUGUUUUUAUUUUCUCUGCCAAGGACACAUGAGAGAAAAUGCUACGGAGGUUGCAUAACUCUUGUUUUUUUAUUUUAAUUUUUCUUAUUAUCUACUUUAAAUGGGUACCUGCUUCAACUGUGUAUAUCCAAGUAAUAGGACAGAAUCAGAAUACCCAUACUAAUGAGAGAAAAAAAAAGAAAUUGAGACUCAGAGAAGGCAAAUAAAUCCAGUGGAAAAGUACAGAAGUGCUGUACAAGUUCAGAUAUUGUGUUAAUGUUUAACAAGAAAUGUUUAAAGGAGAAUGUGAUUGCUUCAUAAAGCUGUUCAAAAGCAAUGAGAAAUAUUCAAACAAUGGCCACCCUGACUGUUUAUAUUUAACAACUGUAUAUUACUUGCUAGCUAACUGUAUGUUUGUUAAUUUUUCAACACUAACCGAUAUUGAAUGUAUGUUUUUGCUGUACAGGAAAUGAAUGUCCCGAUGUCACAGUACAUUGAAUGACUCAUGACGUUGUUUAAAGUGCGGCUGCGAUUGGUGAGAUGAGCAGUUGGCACACAAAGUCGAAAAUGUUUCGCUUCCCUGUAAUAACUAACCCGAGCUUCUUUGUUCGUCGGCUACAAAAACACCUGGUUUCUUUUUAAGGCCAACACCAGUUCAAAAACACAACAGAUAUGAGUCUAUCUGCUACAAACAAAUCAGAGGUUUUCUGACAAAUAUCCACAUGAAUGAAUCGACUCUAUGUCUGAUCAAAAUGUAAUCUCUUUUGACAAGUGAGAAAGCGGUGAUUGCCUGAAAAGUGAGCGUCAAAGUGCAUAUACUACUUUAGCAAAUUGGUUUCAUGUACAGUACGAUAUUAGGGGGGAAAAAAAUCUAUAUUUGUUAUUUACUGUACAUGGUGUGUAUUGUAUUUGUAAAGAUAAAUCAAACCAUGUUUUACAGGAAUAGGUUCCUGUAAGAGGGUGUAUGAAAAGAAGGGAGGGGUCCCUAAGAAAUUAGAUUAUAUAUCAAAGUAUUUGCUUACAGUACGGCUUUAAGUGGAUAAUGUUUCUAAAACAUUUUAAGGUGCCUCAUUUGUUAUAUUUUAGCAGAUAUUAUUUUAUCUGAAAAGAAAAGAAACCUUAAUGUUAGUACCGUACGAUGUAUUAUUGCCAUAGCCCGCUGGCUGCACAAGUUAAGUAGUAUUUCCUCUGAUGUAUAGUAUGUGAAUGCCCAUUGGAAAAAGCUUUAGAAGCAGAAAUGUGUUGCCCUAUAUAACAAUAUUCCUGGAACAAAGUAAUUCUGUAUUUUGCCCGUUCAUGAGCACACAUGUAAAUUCACUUCAGAUCCGUCGCCUUCAGGAGUCCAAAGCAAAUAAAACUGAAGGAAAUGUUUUUUCUAAGAGUCACAGACAUGCUAUAGUCAUUUAAAAAAAAAAAAAACGUGCUGUGGAGGAAAUUGUGUUUACAUUAGUUUGAUACAGACAAGUGUGUUAGGGCAUAGUUGCUUUGAACAUUACGACUUGGUGCUAUGUUUAACUUUGUGGUGCUGUAGAUUAGAGGUCUGACGAUUUUCUUUUUCUGUUCACAAAAGCAACUCUCUGUCAGACACACACUCCUGUGUGUUUGAGCAACUAACUAGCUCUGGUAGUCACUAUCAGUCCUUAUUAUUACAGUUUCAUGAUGUGAUGACAGUGAUAGACAAUACUGGAAAAUAGUAGUAUAACCUUGAAUAAUAGAGACUCUGCGACAUUCAAAUGAACUCAACGAUGACCUGUUUUCUAUAGUGUGUUUGCAAUGUCUGUCUGUGCUUCCAAGGUACCCUCUCUAAAGUAUAUCUGUGAUGAUACUGAGAAUAUUAACCCAGCCUAAAAAGGAGAAAACAUAAACCUGAUUUAGAGUUUAGUACACCCCACAGGACACAUGGGAGGGAAUCUGAAAGCAUCGUCAGGUCAUGAGAAGGGGACAUUUUCUACACACUUCCUGUAGGUCUACCAUCUUUGGUUAACAGCACUGUUUUUCAAGCACACUACUGCAGGGAGGCGGAAAAAAAACAAACGUCUCACAUCAUCUCACCACUGUUUUUUGACAAUAGAUUUCCUACUACAACUGUACAGUAUAGCCAUGAGUAGUCAUCAGACCACAUUUGUAUUUAUUACUGCUGAUUCUCCUGGUUGAAAGGUAUUGAUUGGGAAGGCUUAAGUUAUUCUCCACAUGGGUUUUUAACGAAUGGAUGUUGUCUUCCGGGCUCUUUUUUGCAUAUUCAACAGAAACAUGUAUAGUGUUUUAAGAGGGCUGCUUUGGACGUACUGUUAGUUCGAUUUUUUUUUUUUUUUUCCUUUUUUAAAUUUUCUUUCUCCAAUUUUUCUGCUUACAUGCUUUUAGGGCAUCACUAGGUGCUGGUAGGAUGAUACUUAGAAACCUAUUUGAUUUUUUAUUGUAUUAAUCUUGCAUGUAGAGACAAUACAAAAAAAAAGACUUAAAAAAACGCCUAUUUAGCAAUCAUUCAUGGACAUCUGAGCUGGUUGUUAUUGGAUGGAAAAUAGAAAAAUGUAGUAUUUUCUAUAUUCUCUGUUUUUUCAUGUGUACCAGCACUGAGAAACUAGAAUGUAUUAUUAUUAUCGUAGGCUACAAUAAGCACUACAUCGUUGACUGUUUUAGCUAAUGCUCAUACUCAAGCAAACCAAGUAGUGCUUAAAAAGGAAGAAAAUUUAAUACAUUUCAUUUCACUGUCAUCCACUGAACUCUGUGCUGUACAUCACAUGUUUACAUUCUGUAUUAUAUGUUGUUUAUUCUGUUUUCUUUUGUACAUAAUUUGUCUCCAUAAUGGUCUUUAAUGUUCAUAUGUAAAUAAUUCAAAGCGAAGACAUUUUUUACUUUUCUCUUUUUUAAAACGAUAACCUGAUGUUUAGCUUUUUGUCCGUUUUUUAGACUGUCUUUCUGUUCUGUCACUGCAUCAGGUGUUCUGCUUCAAUUAACUUUUUGUUUGUGAGCAAUCAAUUAACUCAUACUGUAUGGUGCUGUACCAAAGCCUUAUGUAUAAUAUUUGUAUUACUUUUCUCUUGUUUGCCACUGCUGUCCAGUGAAUUCUGUAUCGUCUGAGAUCAUGUCUUACUCACUCUUCAUGUUCAACUGCCAUGGAUCUCCUUUCUUUAUUGAGUAAACAGAAACCUGAAUGAACUAUGUGAUUAAUAAAACAAAACACUCAUGGCCUGUUACCAACUGGCCUGGAUAUAAAGUGACAGUCACCAUGAAAAGCCUUCAUAGGGAAAACGCACAGGCUCAAUCCUGGUGGCUCAUCAUGACGUAGACAUGGGCCUAGCACAUGAUCUAUGCUCUAUCUAUGGCAUGUCUGUGAGAAUAUGAAAGCAGUGCUGUAUUCAUGUCACCAUAUCAUUUCAAAUGCUUAGUCCCAUACGAAAAUUUUCCUCUCAAAUUUUUGUAUUUUGAUAUAAUAAAAAAAUCAAAAGAG